GAGAACGCAAAACCAGGCAAAACAGAAAAGCUCUUCAUAAGCUCUUGUAGCUUGUAGGUUUUUUGCCGAUCGAAGAACUCACUAGCCAUCGCCACAAAUUGAUCUUGCUGGACAACCUUCGAUUGCGUUGUGGCGUAGAGCUUUGUUGAUAUUUUUGUUUUUCACCCGUCGUAACCGUGCAAUUUCGACGCGCUUGCUCGAGUACAAAGGCUCUUUGCUCCCUGUUUUGUGAGUCCCUGACUUAAUUGCCGUUUAUGUUUCCAUACUCGUUUAUCGUUUAUAAUGAAUUGAAAAUCGUUAUAGUCCCCUACAGAAAAUGAAGAAGUGAGAAGUGUGCUCUUGAAGUGCGGGGUGAAAAUGAUGCAGAAAAUCGUUCUUUUACUGCUUGUGUGCUUGGAACUCUGCAGAGCGGACUCCGUAUAUGACCAGUUACCAUCAACAGUUUCUUGUGGCCCAAACAAAUUUCAAUGCCUGUCCGGUCAAUGUAUACCCCAGAAUUGGCGCUGUGAUUCCCACGUGGAUUGUGAGGAUGGAUCCGACGAGACCAGCAACUGUGAGAGCACUACAUGUCGCCCAGAGCAGUUCAGAUGUGCUCUGACUGGCAAAUGCCUGCCCAAUGGGUGGGUCUGUGACGAUGAAGCCGAUUGCGGGACGUCCUCGGAAUUUGGUGUGGACAAAUCGGACGAAGAUCCGAAACACUGCCAGCCGACCCAUUGCAGAUGGAAUGAGGCUCCCUGUCCAGAUGGGCCAGCUUGCGCCCACUUAGACCUAUUUUGCGAUGGGAAAUUGGGGGACUGUCCCGGAAAUAGUGAUGAGUGGGACUAUUGCAGGAACGAAACUUUCGCCUGUGAUAAAACACACUGUUCUUACAGUUGUAAACCCACACCAUUAGGUCCAAAGUGUUACUGUCCUUCUGGUCAAAGACCCGAAGGGAGUACCUGUGUUGACGCAGAUGAAUGCGAAUAUGAUGAUACUUGUUCCCAAAUAUGCACUAACAACGUGGGCUCCUACCAGUGCUCAUGUGUUUCAGGCUAUAUCCAAAAUGGGACAGAUUGUAUAGCGAUAAAUGUACCAGCAACUGAACCACCAUCUUUGAUAUUUUCCACUCAAUCUGAAUUGAAAAGGGUGACUUUGGAGGGUAAAGCAUGGCCAGGAAAUUCAACCUUGCAAGUUCUAAACAGCAAUGCUUUGGAAUUUAUUCAUAGGGAUCAUACUAUCUGUUAUAUUCACAAUAACGUCAGUCAAUCAUAUAUCGUUUGUGCUAACAUCAACGAUUUAAAUCAAAGAUGGACAUUGCAGGUUAAAUCACCGUUGGUCGAGGUGGAAUCUAUUCAACAAAUGGCCUACGACUGGGUAUCAGGAAACUGGUACUUUUUAGAAGACCAAAAAGAAACAAUAGUCCUAUGCAACAAUGCCCUACAGUGGUGCAAUAUUCUAGUUGAACAGAAUUUGGCCAAACCCAGGGCUUUAGCUUUGGAUCCAACAACUGGUUAUAUGUUUUUUACUAAAUGGGGCACAUCCCCACCCAUGCUGGAGAGGUGCAACUUAGAUGGAACAGGGAGAAAGCCAAUUGUUGAUGUGAAGAUAGUUUAUCCAUAUGGUGUUGCAGUUGACUACCCAACAAAGUAUGUAUUCUGGGUCGAUACCUAUCUAGAUUAUGUAGAAAAAGUAGACUAUGAUGGAAAAAACAGGAAGACCAUGGCAAGAGGAGCUAAUGUAAGAAAUGCCUAUGGUGUUAGUGUCUUUCAAAACAGGGUCUUUUUUUCGUCAUGGUACAACAACAGCAUUUUGGAAUUCAACAAGUUUUCUCAAAGGAACAAAAAUCUCUUGGUCUAUAGUGUGAUUUCUAAUAUCAGUAGACCGUUCAAUCUACACGUAUUUCAUAGACAAAGACAACCAGAUGUGGCACAUCCUUGUAAAACAUCACAUUGUGAUCACUUGUGCAUUCCCAGCUGGACUUUAACAGGGGUGGCAAUAAAAAAAUGCAUAUGCGCUUCAGGAUAUACCUUAUUUGACGAUAAAUGCAUUAUAAAAACACCAGAUAUGUUCAUGUUAAUCACUAGAAUCGUACCUCAAUCUAUCAGAGGCGUGGACUUGAGCACAGGCAGAGAGGUCAUGGUGCCUAUCAUGAAGGUUAGGAGACCUAGAGCAGUGGAAUUUGACGCUACCUCAAAGAGUAUUAUUUAUGCCAACGAUCAAGAUGAAACUUUGGAAACUGUAUUAAUUGAUUCAGUAAAUUCAAGUAGAGUUCUGUUAAAAGAUGUUCAAUGCGAUUAUUUGGCGUUAGAUUGGACCACGGGAAACUUAUAUUACAAUAAUUGGAAGAAAAAUUUGAUCGGUGUCGUCAAACUCUCUAAUACCAGCAUAUCUAGAACCCUGUUUCACAGUAGCAGUGUUUUUAGGCCUACAUCAAUCGUUCUGGAUCCUAGCAGAGGAAUCAUGUUUUGGGUGAGCUGGGGUAUACAGCAAACCGGAAAAGGUAAAAUUAUGACAGCAAACAUGGAUGGUACCUCGGAAAGAGAAUUCUUAAGCGAAGGUGUUGACUGGCCUAGCGGAAUAGCUAUAGAUUCUAAAGCUGGUAGACUGUAUUGGACUGACAAGGAAUUAAGAAAUUUACAAAGUAUAACUUUGGAGGGAAAAGAUAGAAGAAUUGAACUUAACGAAUCUAUUGAUAGUCCUGCAAGAUUGAUUUUUGGACGCGAUAACACGCUCUAUUUCGUAGAAGUGUUAAAAAGUGCGGUUAUGAGUUACAAGAAAGAGAAUGGUUUGAGAAAAGUGUACGAAAGUAACGUAUUUUUGCAGGACUUGAAAAUUUUUGACACAAAUAGAACAUCUGAGAUGCCAACUAAUUGUAGUAUUUGUCCCGAAUUGUGUUUGAAAACAGCGGGAGGCUCUGUAACUUGUAGUUGUAAAGAUGGAUUUUCUUACAACAUCGAAGACAAACAAUGUCUCAAAGUUGCAAAAUACAAACCUCCUAAUGUUUGCUCUAAGGAUGAUUUCCAAUGCCAAACUGACCUGCCAGGCCAAAACCAGUGUAUUCCGAAGUCAUAUCUGUGCGAUGGUAUAGAUAACUGCGGAGAUGGUUCGGACGAAAGCACUGAUCCUGGAGGACCUUGUGAGAAUUUCAAAUGCGGAGAAAGGCAAUUCAAGUGUGAUAACACCACCUGCAUAUCACAUCAGUGGGUGUGUGACGGCGAAAAGGACUGUCAAGAUGGUACCGAUGAAGAUGCGAGUAAGUGUCCAAAACAGUGUCCACCAAACCAAUUUAUUUGCAAGAUUUCGAAAAGGUGCAUCCCCUCAGUGUGGAAAUGUGACCGUAUGGCCGAUUGCGGACCUGGAGAUGACAGUGAUGAGGCAGAUUGCGUGGUCAACACAUGUGACGUCACCGAAUUUACAUGCUCGGAUGGUCAGUGUAUUUCAAGCCACUUUUACUGUGAUAAUAUCAACGAUUGCCAAGACGGUUCUGACGAGAUUAAUUGCGUCAAAUGCAAUCCUCUGACGGAGAUAGUUUGCCUCCCCAAAGCUGAUUGCCUACCAAUGAGCGCCAGAUGUGAUGGAGUUUUGGAUUGUCCAGAUGCGGCUGAUGAGAGAGAUUGUCAUAAGAAACAGUGUGAAACCAACGAGUUUCAGUGUACUAAUUAUGAAUGCAUUCCUAAAAUGUUUGUAUGUGACUCUGAUUUGGACUGCGCUGAUGGAUCUGACGAGAAAAAUUGCGACGCAGCUAAAAUGAGGAACACAACCGAGUUCAAACAGAAAGGCGACUGUCCGCCGCCAAAUAAGUCCUGCGAUAACGAUACCAAAUGCAUAACUGCAGACAAAAUAUGCGAUAGUAAAAAAGAUUGUGCCGAUGGCAGUGAUGAAAAAAUAAACUGCGCAGUAACAAUGGCCUCUCCAACCUCUUGUGAAUACCCUAAUAGACUGUGCGACAACGACACUAAAUGUAUCUCUGUGGAACAACUUUGCGACGAUCGUGCCGAUUGCGUCGAUGGUACUGAUGAAGGCAUGAGAUGCCCAGACAAAAUGUGUGAUAUGCGUUUGGUGUGUUCGCACGAGUGUCACAACGCACCUGAAGGCGUCGUUUGUACCUGUCCUGAGCCAUUACAUUUGCAGCCUGAUAGGACCCACUGCUCAGAAACCCACCCUUGUGAAAGUUGGGGUGUUUGCUCACAAACUUGCGUUCCCAGAAAAUCAGACUAUAGGUGUACGUGUCUUGAAGGCUACGCUCUGGAAAAAGAUCAUUUUACUUGCAAGAGUACUGACGGUGCCCAACCUUUUGUGGCAUUUUCGAAUCGCCACGAACUUCGCGGCAUCGACCUACACAAUUUUGGUCAAAAAGCUUUUAUAUCUAGCUUAAAAAAUACUAUUGCUUUAGAUUUCUACCACAACAACGGGUCUGAUAUGUUGUUUUGGACUGAUGUUUUGGAUGACAAAAUUUAUAGAGGACAAGUGGUCAGUGGCUCUUUGGGAAAUAUAGAAGUGGUAGUACAUACAGGGUUAUCAACAGCUGAGGGCUUGGCAGUAGAUUGGAUUGGAGAGAAUUUAUAUUGGGUAGAAAGCAAUCUAGAUCAGAUCGAAGUGGCAAAAUUAAAUGGUAGUUUUAGAAGAACUUUUGUCGCUGGAGAUAUGGAAAGCCCCAGAGCUAUAGCUGUGGAUCCUCGUGAUGGGUAUUUGUUUUGGACGGAUUGGGAUAGUUCUUCACCCAGAAUAGAACGUUGUUCUUUAGCUGGUUUGGAUCGUACAGUAAUAGUUUUCAUGAACCAAUUUUACAAAGCGGGAUGGCCUAAUGGUUUAACAUUAGAUUACUCAAUGAGAAGGGUCUAUUGGGCAGACGCUCGUUCAGAUUCAAUUCACACCUGUAACUAUGAUGGAAAGGAUCACCGUUUGGUUAUAAGCAAUCAAGAAUUUCUCUCUCAUCCAUUUGCCAUCAGUCUGUACGAAAAUUACGUUUAUUGGACAGAUUGGCGGACCAACAGUGUGGUCAGAGCCAACAAAUGGACUGGAGGAGACGUCAUGGUCAUACAAAGAACCCUCACGCAACCGUUUGAUAUUAAAGUCGUCCAUCCAAGCCGGCAACCCCCAGGUAAAAAUCCAUGCGGCAAAAACAAUGGCGGUUGUUCACACUUGUGUCUGAUACACGUAAACGACAGCUAUAGAUGUGAUUGUCCCCAUCUAUCAAGAUUGCAUGAAGACAACAAAACUUGCAUCCAAAACGAAAAAGUUUUGUUAAUAGCUAGAAAUAACGAAAUACGAGGAGUGGAUCUUGAUCAACCCUACAACUACAUCAUACCAAUGAUCAGUGUUUCCCAAGGUCUCAGUUCUGUGCAACUGGAAUACUACGCUCGAAAUAAGAGCUUGUACUGGGCCGAUUCAAACAUCGACGCUAUAAAAAGAGUGAAUUUGACUCAGGGUCCUGUUCAGACACUUAUUGAUGCUGGUUUAUAUCACGUUUCCAGUUUAGCAGUCGAUUGGUUAUGUCACCUCUUGUUUGUCGGCUUUGAAAACGGAAUUGCGGUUUCCACGUUGAACGGUGAAUACACUGCCAUGCUCAUCGAAAAUCAAAACAUCGUGUCCGUAGCAAUCCAGCCGUUAAAAUAUAAACUUUAUUGGAUCAGACACGAAAACAAAACUUGUUUGUUGGAAAGCAGCACGAUUGACGGAUCUGACAAAAAAACCCUAGUGCCUAAUUUAAGUUCGGAUACCAAGGGUCUUGUCGUCGAUUCUGAAUCUGACAGAUUAUACUGGAUAAGCGGUUUUGAGAUUAUAUAUUCAACAUUAGAAGGUACAGGCGUCACAAAAUUAAGCUUACCAUCAAAUGUCACAGUUACCACCAUAACCGUAUACAAAGGCAAGAUCUACUAUGCUGACGACGCAGACCAAUCUAUAUACGUCAUCGACAAAACCAAAGGCCACAAUAUGACCAUAUCUUCUUUGCGCAACAAUACCAGUGGCGUAGUAGCUCUUAGAAUAUAUGAUGCCACAGAACAGACUGGUUUGCCAGGUACUAAAAAUAUUCACAGGUGUACCGUGAACCGUGGCGGUUGCCAACACUUAUGUUUGCCCAAAGAAAGUACACUAUACAAAUGUAGAUGUGCUACAGGAUACAUUCAGGACCCCGAAAAUGAAUACAAAUGCCUUCCAAUAGAAGAUUUUAUACUCUUUUCUUUGGGUUGGGAUAUUCAAGGAAGACCACUUAAUGGCUCCAACGAGACCAAAGUCUUAGGACCUAUUUCUAAGGUAUCUAGCGCUACAUCUAUCGAUUUCUUAGCUGAAGAAGAAUUCGUGUUUUGGGCUGAUUCCGAGAGUGGACAAAUUACUAGUAUCAAAAGAGAUGGUACACAAAGAAUUCUUGUUUUGGACGAAAACGAAGUAGUGGACGACCAACCUGUUGAUUGGCUAACUUGCAUGGCGGUGGAUUGGAUCGCCAAAAAUAUCUACUGGUGUGAUGCCAAAAGAAAUACCAUAAGCGUAGCACGUAUGGACGGCACAAAAGCACAUGUCCUCCUCUUCAACGAUACCCAAAAACCCAAUGCCAUCGCUUUAGAUCCCGCCAGAGGACUUUUUGUCUGGGCUGGACUGAAUAGGUUAGAAUUGGUAACCUUGGACGGUAAAACAAGGACCGUCCUGCUCAAUAAACCAAAGAAAAUUAUAGAUUUGGCGCUAGAUACAGCUAAUGGAGUGAUAUACUUUUCUGACAGUGCAUCACAUACCAUAGAGAUGAUUAAAUAUGACAGCACAAACCACACUGUAUUGCUGAAUAAUUCUCUCGAAAAAAUCAUGGGUCUGACUUAUUUUGAGAAUGCCCUGUAUUGGAUGGACGCCUCAUUUGAGAAAGGCAGUAUAAGAAAAGCUUCAGUCAGUAAUCUCUCAGAUUUCACCAUAUUGGCUCAAGGAUUAGGAGUGUCUUUGACGGACAUUCAAAUUUAUUCAAAAAAGCGACAAGGAGGUACAAAUCCUUGUGUCAUUAACAACGGAGGCUGUGAACAAUUGUGUUUGUUCAAUGGUACACAUCCCUUGUGUGUCUGCUCUCAUGGAAUGGUUUCAGAAAAUGGACAAACCUGUGUACCUUUCCAGACUUUUAUAACUUACUCAAAAGUGGUUAGCAUAGAUUCUAUCCACAUGCAAGGAGAUCAGGACUUGCACAAUUCUCCAUAUCCACCUAUUAAAAACUCUACGUAUUUGAAAAAUGCCAUAGGUUUAAGUUUUAGUUACAAACACCAAAGAUUGUUCUACUCAGACAUACAAAAAGGUUCAAUACAAGCAGUGUAUUUUAAUGGUACUGAUCACAGAGUGGUUGUGGAUAAGCAAGGUUCAAUAGAAGGAUUGGCUUAUGAACAGUUAAGCAACGCUCUAUACUGGACCUGCAACAGUCAUGCAACAAUAAGAAGAGUGAACAUGACCAAUCAAAUGACCAACGCUAGUGCCGUAGAAACCAUCGUAAAAUUGCGAACCCAAGACAAACCCAGGGGUAUAGCAGUGGAUUCCUGCGACCAAAGGGUGUACUGGACCAACUGGAAUGCCCAUCAGCCUAGUAUAGAUAGAGCGUUUUCUACAGGUUAUGAUAAAGAAUCCAUCAUUACUACUGAAAUUCGGAUGCCUAAUGCCAUCACGUUGGACCACAAAGCUCAAAAACUGUAUUGGGGAGACGCUCGUCUUGAUAAAAUAGAACGCUGUGAAUAUGACGGAUCUAAGAGGGUGGUUUUAGCGAAAAUUACCCCCCAACAUCCGUUUGCUCUUGCUGUUUAUGGAGACUUCAUCUACUGGACUGACUGGAUAUCGCAUGCAGUGAUCAGAGCAGACAAAUACACUGGUCAAUAUGUCGUCACUCUACGUAGAGACGUUCUCAAGCCAAUGGGUAUCGUAGCAGUUGCUGAAGAUUCCGAGGACUGUUUCUCUAAUCCUUGUCUCAUAAACAAUGGCGGGUGUGAAGAAUACUGCGAUUUGACAGUAAAGGGUGAAGUGGAAUGUUCUUGUAGGGAUGGUAGAAUAUUGGAAAAUGGCCGUUGCAACAGUACAGACAGUACUAAAUGUACUAUAACUGAGGACAGUUUCCGGUGUUCUGAUGGUAGCUGUGUGUUGUUCCACUUGACAUGCGAUGGAAUAUCUCACUGCGCAGAUGGAUCUGAUGAAGAACCUGGUUAUUGUGGCUAUAGAACUUGUCCUUUGGGUUGGGUGAAGUGUCAAAACAAAAAAUGCAUUUCGGUGAGUGUAGCCUGCGAUGGAGUUGAUGAUUGUGGCGACUCGUCUGAUGAAAUCAACUGUAACUGCUCAGAGGUCUCACAUUUCAGAUGCAAAAAUGGCGAAUGCAUUCUGAAAAAUCUGCGCUGCGAUAAUGAUCCCGAUUGCAAGGACAAUUCUGACGAAAUGGGGUGUCCUCCGAUCAGUUGCACAAAAAUACACGGUCCAGACUACAUCCACUGUAAUUUUACUACCAAUUGCAUACAUAGGGAUUGGGUUUGUGAUGGCGAAGAUGACUGCUGGGAUAAUUCCGACGAAAAAGAUUGUCCAGUAAUUCACAAAAUGUGUGAUUUAGCAUAUCAAUGGCAGUGUGCUUCUGGAAAAUGCAUUAACACCACUUUGAGGUGUAAUGGACAGGAUGAUUGUCAGGAUGGAGUGGCAUCUGACGAAGUUUCUUGCACUGUAACUUCAUCCUGUAGUCCUCAGAGCUUUAGAUGCGUCAGUGAUGGUACAUGCAUACCGAAAUCUUGGUACUGUAAUGGAGUUAAAGACUGCGAGGAUGAGAGUGAUGAAAUGUCUUGCCAAAAUCUCUGCGGAUUCGACAAGUUUCAAUGCAAAAACCAGGAAGAAUGCAUCCCAAAGUCUUGGGAAUGUGAUGGUAGGCCAGAUUGUAAGGAUCAAUCAGAUGAGACUGAACACUGUAAACAGACAGUGUGUGGUCCUCAAGAAUACAGGUGUAAUGCCACUGGUAGAUGUAUCCCUAAUUCCUGGGUUUGUGAUGGUGAUAUGGACUGUGUCAAUGGACAAGACGAGAAUCCUGAUGAAGGUUGCCUAGGAAAAGUAGCUUGUACACCGCAACAAUUUCAGUGUGGCAAUGAAUGCGUUAACAUGGACUUCUACUGUGAUGGGUAUAAGGAUUGUCGUGAUGGUUCAGACGAACCCGAACACUGCUAUCGUCGGUGCGCCCCUGGGGAAUUUCAGUGCUCUAACGGUAAAUGUAUUAUUGAAUUAGACAAAUGCAAUGGAAAAGAUGAUUGUGGUGACAACAGUGAUGAAGAAAAAUGCCAUGUUAAAGAGUACUGUCAAGAGAAAGGUUGGUUCCACUGUAUUAAUGGUGUUUGUAUUAACGAAACACUUCUUUGCAAUGGUGAAAACAACUGUGGAGACUUCUCAGAUGAAGAAAAGUGCAAUAUAAACGAAUGCUCUUCAGAUCCAUCUCCUUGUGCUCAUAUUUGUGAGGAUAAACUGGUUGGGUAUGAGUGCAAGUGUGAACCAGGAUACAAGGUAUCUAGCAAAGAUCCUCAUCGCUGCGAUGACAUCGACGAAUGUUUGAACAGGCCAUGCAGCCAGAUCUGUAAGAAUGUUCGAGGUUCAUAUCAUUGCAGCUGUCAUAAAAACUAUAUUUUGGAUAAUGGGGCAUGCAAGGCGAAUUCUACUGUCAAAACUACGAUUUUACUUGCAAAUAGGUACUACAUAAGAGAAUUAAACCUUAAUGGAUUCUCGAGAAUGGUCGUUCAUAACCUCACUAACGCCGUGGCCCUGGAUUAUGACUGGAUCAGCCAAUGUAUUUACUGGUCAGAUGUGACUCAUUUGGGUAGUACCAUCAGGCGUCUAUGCGAUUACAGAAACAACGAUACUCAAAUCGAAAAUAUCGAAAUGAUACAUUCAUCUACUGUACAAAAUCCAGAUAGUCUCGCUGUAGAUUGGGUAGGAAGGAAUCUGUAUUGGUGCGACAAGGGAUCAAAAUCUAUAGAAGUGUCAACUUUAGCUGGGAAGCACAAAAAAAUCUUACACACUAAAUAUCUGGAACAACCUCGUGCCAUAGCUCUUGAUCCGAUCAAUAGGAACAUGUUCUGGUCAGAUUGGGGCGCUCAACCACAUAUAGGAAAGUCUGGAAUGGAUGGUUCUAAUCGCAAAGUGAUUGUCAGCAAAAACUUGGGAUGGCCAAAUGCCCUUACGGUCUCUUACGAAACUGGAGAAAUAUUUUGGGGGGAUGCCAAAGAAGAUUACAUUGCUGUAGCAGAUUUUGAAGGAAAUAAUGUUAAAAUAGUUGCAAGCAGACAGAUAAAUAAAGAUCUCCAGCUACAUCAUGUAUUCGCCAUUGACGUUUGGGAAGAUUUCGUCUAUUGGACGGAUUGGGAAACGAAAACCAUAGAAAGAUGUCACAAAUAUACCGGAGAACAUUGUGAAUCUUUGGUAUCCGUAGUUCACAGACCUAUGCAGAUCAGAGUAGUGCAUCCUUAUCGACAACCGCAAGCAGAAAACCCAUGCGAGACAGCGAACUGUUCCACCUUAUGUUUGCUGUCGCCUGUAGAGCCUUACUAUUCAUGCGAAUGUCCGGAAAAUUACGUGUUGGGUAAAGAUGGCAAGACCUGUGAAGCUAACUGUUCUUCGUCACACUUCGAGUGCAAAAACAGCUACAAAUGUAUACCUUUUUGGUGGAAAUGCGAUACUCAAGAUGACUGUGGAGAUGGGUCGGAUGAACCACCUGACUGCAGGCCGUUUAAAUGUAUGCCUGGUCAGUACCAAUGCCAGAAUGGUCAAUGUAUCCAUCCUGGAGACCUGUGCAAUGGCGUUAACAACUGCGGUGACAAUUCAGAUGAGAAAGAUUGUGAACAUUACACCUGUUUGAACACCCAGUUUAGAUGUGAAGGCAAUGCAACUCAGUCCCCCAUGUGCAUUCCCAUUUCCAUGCGUUGCAACAAGGUGAAGAAUUGUCCCUUGGGAGAAGACGAACUGGACUGUCCUCCGGUUACCUGUUCAACAAACCAGUUCAAGUGCGACAACGAUAAAUGUAUUCCUGCUGUGUGGGUGUGCGACAAAGAUAACGAUUGCGGCGACAAUUCUGACGAACAGCAGGACUGUAAAUCUAGAACUUGCACUUCGGAACAUUUCAGGUGUAAUUCUGGAAGAUGUAUCCCUUUGUCUUGGAAAUGUGAUGGCGACCCAGACUGUGGCGAAGGUGAAGACGAACCGCCUACUUGUAGCGAAUCAGAGUACCACACUUGCGAGCCUAGCUAUUUCAAAUGUAAUAAUAACAAGUGCAUCCCUGGUAGGUGGAGAUGCGACUUCGAUCAGGAUUGUGGUGACGGGUCAGAUGAGAUCAAUUGCGUUCCUAGAGAUUGUUCCGAGUCUGAAUUCAGAUGUGGAAAUGGCAAAUGUAUUCGCGGAAAUAUGAAAUGCGAUGGCGAAUAUCAAUGUGACGAUCAGUCAGAUGAACUAAACUGUCCAUCUGAAUGUAAACAAAAUGAAUUCCAGUGCAUGAGUGGUAAAAGAUGUAUUUUUAUGGGCUUCAAGUGCGAUCAAGAGUUGGAUUGUCCAGAUGGUUCAGAUGAAGCUGACUGUCCUCUGCCUUGCCCUAAAGGCAAAUUCAAAUGUCAAAGCGGCGGCUGCAUCAACAAAUUCUGGCGUUGUGAUGGACAGGAAGACUGUCCUGACGGCUCAGACGAGGCAAACUGCACCGCGCAUGCCUGUCCCGAAAAUAGAUUCAAAUGUAACAACUCGAAAUGCGUUCCCAUCAACGCCCUCUGUGAUGGAGAAGACCAAUGCGGAGACGACAGUGACGAAGACAGAGAUACCUGCAAGAAACAGGGAGUUUGCCCUAGAGAUCAAUUCGAGUGCGCUAACAAACGCUGCGUCGCCAAGCAGGUAAUGUGCGAUAGUAGGAAUGACUGCGAGGAUAACAGCGACGAGAUAGAAUGCGAAACUUCGGCGUGCAAGUGGAAUACUUGCACUCAUAUCUGCGUAGAAGAGAAGUCCAAUCAGACCCACUGUAAAUGUGCCAAAGGUUACAGACUGACAACUGGCGGAGUAUGUCAAGCAGAAGGACAAUUGGCUGAGUUAGUUUUAGCUGUUGAAGCGGAUUUGAUGUUCAUGUCACCUUACAAAAUCGGACUGCAAUUGAACAAACCAAAGGAAACUCUAGUUAGAGCUCCAGGUUAUAAGACGUGACAUACACGAAGUUAAUAUUAGGAAUGGAGGUGAGUUGACGAUGCCUCAUCAUCGGACAGCCAUUUUUCGGCGCGGGUUUUCAUAUAAUGCCGUUAAGGGGUAUAACUCGUUACCAACAGAAUUGUUGAAUUUGGGUGAGAAUGCGUUUAAGCAUAAA